AUCCACAUCCUAGCUGUAUAAAGAGGCAGAGAAAACUCCGGAAUACAGAGAGAAAUGAAGACUACUGCGUGUCUGUUGGUAUCACUGUGCUGCUGCAGCCUGUCUGCGGCGGGAGAAGAGACUGAAUCCCAGACAUCACAGGACUCAUGCUACCCUGACUUGUGCAAGCUGCUGAAAGACUUCGGUGUCAUGGAGGAGAAACUGCGAACCACGGUGGAAAAACUGGGAGUCAUGGAAACCCAGCUAAAAGUUAGCGAGAAUCAACUCGAGGAACUGAAAAAUCACGAGAGAGCGAAGGUGAUCUUUUCGGCUGCCCUGGGCGGGAACGGGCACACCGGGCCAUUCGACCAUGACACUACCCUGAUCUACAAAGAAGUCAUCACUAACAUCGGCAGUGCCUACAAUCCAAGUACAGGUGUAUUUGCUGCCCCUGUUGCAGGGGUCUACUACUUCAGCUUCUUCUACCAUGCGGGAGGAGAUCAUGCCCAUUACAUUUCCUUGUUCAGGAAUGGACAGCGCAUGGCCAGUUCCUCUGAUCACCAGUGUAGCAGUGAUGGAGCUGACAACGGGGGGAACGCAGUCACUCUACAGCUGGAGGUGGGGGACCAGGUCUUCCUACGCUUAAUGGCUAACGCACACGUGUGGGACUCUGUAAACGUCACUACCUUCAGUGGGUUCCUGCUCAGCUAUGUGUGAUGAAAUACGUUGGUAGCGCUGUCCUCUGCUUUCUACUUUUGGUGAUAUUAUUAUUGCGAAAAGCUGAUCUUUCUCACAUACUGUAAAUCCUGUAUCCUAAUUCAUAAUGUAAUCUAUAUAUCCAUCAUAAUGUAAUCUAUA